GGCCGCCGCGCGGGGCCGCACACUCGUGUGACCCACAGUGGGAGACACCAGAGAGGGGGGAGGAAGGAAAGACCAAGUGAAGUUUGUUCGUAAACUUUAAAAAAAAAAAAAAAAAAAAACUCCCACUUUGUCAGGUCGCAGGUCUGCGCGUGAGCUCCAUCACCAGCUUCGUCGUUUUAAAGCUUUAUUAAUGUUUUUACUGUUUUGCUUCAGUAGGGAAAGGAGUUUAGCUCAACAAAGAAAGAACAGUGAAACUAAGGACUUCAAAAAAAAAACAAAACACAUUAGGGAUUUGUUUUGUGCAUUUUUACUAUCUUGUUUUCAGUUGGAUCCACUUUUCUAAAUUUUAAAAAAAGUAAUUUAGCAGGCGAGUUCGCUGCUGCGGAAAAGCAGCUCAGUCUCGGGGGCGAGUGGAAGUUGUCUGCGCGUCGCGUGCGUGCGUGCGGAGAGAGGGAACGGACGCGAUUGGCGCUCGGGACCCGCGGCGGCGCGUGCGGCACCGCGAACUCCGUCCACCUCGCAGCCGGCGCGUUUCCAGCCGGGCUCCUCGUCCUUCGUUGGUGGCGGAGAUGAAGGCGACGAGGAUGGCGCUGCACACGCUGCUCGCCGUGCUCCUUCUCCUGGCGCCGGUCGUGUCCCCGAGCGCCGAACCCAAGUCCCGGAGCUGCAGCGCCGUGAAGGAGGCGUACAUCUCCAAAGGGUUCAACCUGAACGACGUGCCCACGCAGGGGCUCAACGGAGCCCACCUGAAAGUGUGUCCUCAGGGCUUCACCUGCUGUACAGAGCAGAUGGAGGAGAAGCUCAGCCAGCAGAGCCACUCUGACCUGAAGGCACCAGUCAGUCAGCUGAGCUCCAACUUGCAAAGCACCUUCACGCAGAAGCACCGCCACUUUGACCAGUUCUUCCGCGAGCUUCUGGAGAACGCGGAGCGCUCCCUUCACAACAUGUUUGUACGCACGUAUGGGUACAUGUAUGUGAAGAACGCAGAACUCUUCCAGCAUUUCUUCCGUGAGCUUAAGCGCUACUACGCUGCAGGCAGCAGCGCUGUGGACCUGGAGGCCAUGCUGGCCAACUUCUGGGCGGACUUGCUGGAACGCAUGUUCCGCCUGGUCAACGUGCAGUAUGAGUUCAGCGAUGAAUACAUGGAAUGUGUCAGCCAGCACACGGAGCAGCUCCGACCCUUCGGCGAUGUACCACGCAAGCUUCGCCUGCAGCUGACCCGCGCCUUCGUGGCAGCCCGCACUUUCACCCGUGGCCUUGCGCUGCUGCCUGAAGUGGUGGCCAAGGUCUCCACGGUGGGUGCCACCCCAGGUUGUGCACGUGCUGCCAUGAAGAUGCUCUACUGCCCGUACUGUUCAGGGCAGGUGGCCUUGCGGCCAUGCCAGAACUACUGCCUAAACGUGCUGCGUGGCUGCCUGGCCAACCAAGCCGAUCUGGACUCUGAGUGGAACAACUUCCUGGAUGCUAUGUUGAGUCUGGCAGAAAGACUAGAGGGGCCGUUUAACUUUGAGUCAGUGAUGGACCCCAUUGACGUGAAGAUCUCGGACGCCAUCAUGAACAUGCAGGAGAACAGCAUGCAGGUCUCGCAGAAGGUAUUCCAGGGGUGUGGCCAGCCCAAACCGAUUAUGGGCUUCCGUGCUCAGCGUUCCUUGAGUGAAGGGACCUACACUGGCCGCUUCCGGCCCUACAGCCCAGAGGCGCGGCCCACAACUGCUGCAGGGACCAGUCUAGACAGACUGGUGACUGAUGUGAAGAAGAAGCUGAAACAUGCUAAAAAGUUCUGGUCCACACUGCCAGAGACAGUGUGUACUGGAGACAGGGUUGCUCCUGGCGAUGACUGCUGGAAUGGCACCGCCAAGAGCAGAUACGAGUCGGUUGUCGCAGGUAAUGGGUUGGCCAACCAAGUGUCAAAUCCUGAUGUGGAGGUGGACAUCACUAAGCCCGACGUGGUCAUCCGACAGCAGAUCAUGGUCCUCAGAGAGAUGACCACCUGGUUGAAGGCUGCACACAGUGGCAAUGACAUCUCCACAGACAAUGAGGAUGCUGGGAGCGGUGGCGAGGAAAGCGGCAGUGGUUGUGACUCUCCCUCCUGCCAGGACCCGGACAUGUACUUCUCCACUCCAGGCCCAAUCAACCCACGUGUGGUCAAGGUGCUUCGGGAAGAGCUGGAAUCAAGCAGCACCACCUCCAUGGCCUGGCGUGGGACUGCACUGGCAGGAGCUCUCCUGGCUCUGGUCAUAGCACACUGGAGAUAAAAACAGUGACUGAGACGGGAGGGAAAGAACUGUUCGGAGGAUGGAGGGGGGGAGCCUGUCAGAGAGAGCAUUACAGACAGCCCUCUGGUUCUCGCUGUGUCCGCCACGUGGACAAAACCAAGUCCUUAUAGUAACUUCACAUUUUAUUUGAUUGUUUUUAUAAAUGGACAGUGUAUAUACACCAAGGGUAUUUUGUUGGCUUUUUUCACAUUUUUACUUGCAUUUUAUUACACAUGUUCGUUCUUGAGAAUUUCAAAACGUCCCCCCCACAUCAUGUAAAGUGUUGUACGUGGUGCCCCUUUUUUUCAUGAUGAGACUUUUUUUAAUGACUGUAACCAGGCCUCAGUUAUUUGUCUUAAAGAACAACUUCCCAGUUCUAAAAUAAGGACAGGUAAGAACACGGGAGCAUAUAUGCAUACCUGUUUCAUAGGUGGUGCGAAGAUGGAGGGUUCACAGUGUGGCCUGUGUUUGGGGCACCAAGGGGCAACGAGACAUGGAAACAAUGACUUGGAUUCAGUGGGUGUGGUGGUGAGCGAGUGCGUGCGCUUUCUUUUAAUAAGUCUGCGCACCUUUUAGGGUUUUACCGUCGAUUUGUAGCUGGUGUGAGCAUGAUGUGGUUAGAAGCAGUGUGAGAUGUCCUGGUGAUUCCUGAGCAGUGUGAAUAGGUAGUUCUUAAUGUGGGCAGAAAAAACUUGUCCGAGGUAGAAGUGGGAACCCGAGAACCCAAGAGUCUGGGGUGCAAGAAAGGAGUUUGCCAACAUUCUUAUCAUUCCAGCUGAACUGCAGCUGUUCUCACACCCAAAGCAUUAUGGGUAAACUAUCAAUCCAUAAGAAAACAAAUGAAUUCAUUGUAAAGGUUUAGAUUUGUGUGAAAUUCAAUGCUUAAAGGAAACUCUCUCCUGGUUGAGUUAGAGCCAAAAUGGACUUCAUGAGGCAAGGUGAUGAACAAACUUAAUUUUUUUUUUAUUAUUAAAUAUCACUAAAGUAUACUAUCAAAUGGUACUACAACCAAUUCUACAGCUUGUUCCAGGAGGAAUACAUAGUGUGAGGCAAAUGUCAGUUUUUAUACCUGAGCAUAUCCUCUUUUUACUUUUAUAGUAACCUCACUCUCGUGGUGUAUGUCAUAUUUUGUAAAGAUUCUGACCAACUGUUGACCCUCUCACAUGGCUGGAUCCAUCUAUAUUCCAUUCUUCCAGGGAUGGAAGUAUGUCCUUUUCCAUUGUCACAGCAUCUGAACCAAAUUAUACUGCUAGGUGAUAACUCUGGUACGUUUACCGCUACCUCUAAAGGAGGGCAUUGGUUUAGACAAGUUUUUAAGAGUACCUUGAAUCCUCAUGCUGGUGUAUAACGUGUGUAUAAUGUUUGCAUGUUAGUUUUACAUUGCUUUGGAGAAUUGCCAGGCCUUGUGAGGACAGUGUCAGUACAAUGAUGUCCAUAUCUGUCCUUACUCCCACAGCCUGUUGAUCCCAUAAAUUAUCUGAAAAACACAUGCCAAAUUGUGUAGCUCUUUGUACAGUAAAUUAUUUAAUCGCAUGUUUUUAUUUUUAAAGGCCUUUACACAUGUGAAAAUGUUUCAAGUAGCUAUCCACAAUAGUAUUGAAAUAUAUAUUUAUACGUAGGUGAAAAGCUUUUAAUUUUGACUUUUUUAAUAAUGGCCUUUUUUAAACUUUUUUUUUAUGAAUACAAUAUUGAGUGAGGAUAUUUAGUGUGGGACUGAUACCGUGCAUGUCUGUUGUGGUACUGUUGGAAGUGGCAAAGCCCCAAGGGAUUCUGGGAAAGCAGGCCAGGUUUUAAUCGGAAUCAUUGAGAAGGCACUUGUGUGAGCCAGAGGAGAAGAGAAGACGGAAUGUGAACCUCUGGUGGAAGUGAUCGGCUGAGCCUUGACCUUAUCUCCACUCUUUGCUUUGGAAACGGUGUCUGAGCUGGCCGAGGCAGGGGUCUUCACAUUUAAGAGGAUAAACGAAUGGAGGGAUUGAUGAAGAAUACAGUGUCCGGGGCUUUUGUUGGAAAGUUAGCAAAGCUUUGCUGGUGCACACCUUCUUCUCAGUGUAAAGGUGAGCGCUCCCAGUUAGUGUGUUUGACAGUGCUCAGGGAGAGGGUCUAUAUCUGGACACCUGGUGGUUUAACUCACCUGCCAGUUUGUCGCCAAUUCCCCACAACUCGGACUUCGUGCUGAGGAUCCCACUCCGCUAGUCAGCAGUGCCAGAGCGCCACUCGCUGGUCAGCGGGUGCCAAACAGCUGGAAUGUGUUCCUCCACGUGAAGGUUUCAGGACCUCAGAUGAGCCCAGGACAUAGCAGCCAAACCUGUUCUCACCUGGAACCCACAUGGCCUGGAGAAAUUCUGAUGAAAGGACCAGACGGACAGCCCUGAACUUGGAGGAGCUGUUUUGGCGUCUCUGAAAGAGGCCCUACAUGUGUGUACCUGGAAUGGAGGCCCAGAUCUUGAUGUAAAGGAA